AUGAAGAUAUCAACUAUUCUCUUCUCUCUGCUUAGCGGCAUCGCCAUGGUCGCAGCAGCUCCCAUCGACCCACCAACUCACGUCGUGAAGGUCAUCACCCUUGUUCGCGCUGUGCAUCCAACCAUGACCACCACCACAACCAGCAGCGCCCUGGUGAGAAGAAGCUUCCCAUACCAGCCCACUCACUCCUCCGAACUCGACUGUCCCUACGUCUGCAACGGAGCCUGUUUGUUUGAGGGAGGCUGCACUCCUGAAGCCCUCAGCAAAUAUGAGGAUGAAGUCGCAGCUGCUUACUCGGCGUCUUGGCAGUCAAGAGUGCUCGAGCAUUACAGCCAGACCCAUGUUGAGCCCAAGCCGACUGCUGAUGUAGAUGGCAUGUCUAUCAGCUGGAAGAGCAGUCAGGCCACUCCUACUCUGACUGUAGACACAGAUGGCAUGCCUAUCAGCUGGAGAAGCAAUCAGCCUACUUCUACUGAUCAGGCUUAG